AUGUUUAGUAUAAGUGUCCAAGUACCUCAAAAUUCUGUAAUAACAAUAAGAGAUCCUCUUUAUGAACAAGCUGAUGAUAUAGAAUAUGUAGCUGCACAGCUGACUGAUCGAGUGGAAGUUUACGAGACCUUGGGGAAAAUCAUGCUUUUUAAGGAAUCAGGAGAGCUAAAAGAAGAAAUCCACCAGUCUCAUAUAGAUUUUUUGCCUUUGCAGAGAUCUCAUAUGGUCUAUAUUUUGGCUGUGCCAAUUAGGAUAGAAAAUAUUCAGAUUUUUUUGGGAAGUUUUGUGGAUGAUCUUUCUUAUUUGAGGAUCCUGAGGACAAGCACAUAUUAUUAUUCAGUAGUUUUGGUUUUUCAAAAUCAGUCAUCAGCAGACAAGUUUUAUUUCCAAUAUAACGGCAAAGAGUUUGACGAAUGCUCAUAUGAAUAUUGUUACAUUGUAUAUCUUUCUGGAGUCAAUUUUUGUUCUUUACCUAUGAUAUUUGAUGAUUGAAAAGAAUUGCCAACGUGCCCAGUUUGUAUCGAAAGAUUAGAUGUGAAUAUAAGCGGAAUUACUGGGGUUCUGAGAACCGAAGUUGCAGAAUCGAUGGGGAGCAGGUGAAAUGGAGUUUUAAAUGAGUGCAAGGUAUGCAGAAGUGUAGGAAAUGCUGGAGAUCUAGUCUUAAGGCUUGCUAAAAGUGCGAGCCAUGAGGAAAGAUGUGAAGACUGUGAAGAAAGAACAGAACUAUGGAUUUGCUUAAUCUGUGGACAUCUUGGGUGCGGUCGGUAUAAAGAAGCCCAUGGCAAAGUCCACUUUCAAAUAACAAAGCAUAGCUUUACCUUAGAGCUUGCCACACAGCGUAUUUGGGAUUAUGCAGGCGAUAAUUAUGUUCACAGACUUGUUCACUCUGGGCCAAGUCUUGUUAUCUUCGAUGAGGAGCUUUCAGAUGAGCCUAAAGAAGAUCUCGACAGAAUGAUUUGAGAGUACAACUACCUCAUUAAUAGCCAACUAGAGCAGCAAAGACUGCUGUAUGAGUCCAAAAUUGAGUCAAAGCUAGAAGAAAAGCACUCACUCCGCUCCCUCUAUGAGCGAACAAAACCUAAAAAAAAUCCCUAUUUUUUGGGUAAAAGCCCUGUGAUAGAACGAAAAUUCAUUUUAUUAUAAUUUUUUUUUUUACAAAAAUAUUUUGAUAUAUAAAUAAUAAUUAUUAUAAUGAAAUCUGUAGCUAAUUCUGUUUAAUUUUAAACAGCUUGCAUUUUAAAACAUAAAUUUUAUAAAUUAAAUUAAUUUUAGCUUUCCAAUUUUUGCGAAUUGGGAUUUUCUUAAAUUUUGGAAAAGCAAUUUACUAAAAAUUUAUAUAUAAUUUUUAAAAAAAAAAAUUUAACCCUUAGUGAGCGAAUAAAAUUUUUUUGUUCAGUCACCGAGGGGGAGUCAGAAAUCAGCGAGCAAAUUAAGCUCGCAAAGGCAGAAAAUGAAAGGCUAAAAAGAUUAUCGUCCAAAAUUAAAGGGAUGGAAAAGAAAAAGCAAGCUUUAAUAGAAAAGUUAAAAAAAAUUACAGAAGAAAAUGAGCUGCAAGAAGAAAUUAAUAGGACAUUAAAAAUCAGCCUAAAAGAAGAAAGCGAUGAGCCAGUCUUUCUUGAUAAGAAGAGUAAAGCUACGUAUUUGAAGUUGCAAAGAUUGAGGAAAGAAGUUGAAGAUAUUAUGCAAAAAUUGGGGUAA